GUCCAGUAGAGAGAGACGAAAUAUAAAGGAAAGGUAUAGCGUGGUACACGAAAUCGUCCGAUUUCAACACGACGUACGUUCGAGGUGAUCUUUGUCUUGAGCGUGUUGUAGAGCGUAAGUCGUUGAUGAAUCUCGAUUUCGAGCACAAGGCGUUGCAGCACAUUUCGAACCAGAAGCGCGAUCCCAGUACGUUGUGUAGAGCCAGCGAAAAUGAAGUGAAUACAUAGCUCGGCACAGUGCUAAAAGUGUAAAAAAAUAGUGAAAAAAGCGUUAAUUUGGAGUGUUUUACAGGAAGUGGGUGUCGAUAUGUGAAGUGGUAUUGUGUGGAAAACCGAAGUUAGUUCGACAACAGUGCGGCGUCAAAAUGAAGUUGAAACGGCUGUGUUUUUUUGUGAAAUAGUGUCUGUGCGACGAAAAACAAAAAUUCCUCAAUGUGGUGUUUAGGGCAAAAUGGUCAGAGAGACUAGACACUUGUGGGUAGGAAAUUUACCCGAGAAUAUACGAGAAGAAAGAAUUCGAGAACAUUUUAAACGGUAUGGCCGCGUGCAAAGUGUCAAAUUGUUGCCCAGGUGCACUGAGGAGAAGACGGGGGGCGAGGUCACGAUGGCGUGCACGGUGGCAUUCAUGGACAUCAAAAGUGCGUCCAAAGCCCACAACUCGGAACUUAAGAUAGACGACAGGACCCUCAACACCGAAUAUUAUGAACCUGCCGCCAUUCCGUCCUCUGCCUCGCCGCAGACCAACGCUCCCUCCCCGUAUUCUACCUCCCCCGGUUCGACAAGGUUCCCCAACGGUCAUGGGUCCUCCGAAGAUCACGGCAUAUCUCCGUUUUCGGACCGUUGUUUUUACGAAAGAUCGUCAUCGUCGCGGCUGGCCGGUGGCGCCGGCGGCGUCGGCGGUGCCAAUAUUUCUGGCAUCGGAGGUAGCGGGAGCGGCGAGGUCGGUACGGAUUUCGGGGGUAACGGUCGAGGAAACGGCGGUCGAGGUAAUACCAACGCGUCCGUCGCGACCGCUACCCCCGCCUCCGGUUUAUACCACGGCGAAGCCGGUACCACGACAGCCGGAAGAUCCUCUUCCACGUCGUCGUCGUCGACGUCGACCGCCGCUUCGGGAGCGGGAAGCACCAGCGGAAGGAGCAGGGAACGGACGGGGAGCGGCUACAGAAACGGACCUUUCGCGUCCGCACCGGCCGCCACGACUACCACCUUGGAAUCAUCGAGGCAUUCUUCGAGAUCCACCGCCGUUAAUAAUUCUUGGGGUUACGAGGUAACGAGAUACAACAGCACGGGUAAUAAUAAUCAGACGGAUACAGGGUAUAGCAGCACACCAUCCGAAACUAACGAGAGGCGGAAUUCAGACCAAAGUUUAAAAAAGAAAACGACGACGUCUCGAUCCGGAUCUAGAUCUCCGUCGCCUUCGGGAAGUACCAGCAGCAGAUCGCCGUCUAGAUCGAGAUCGAGAAGCAGCAGCAGUUCGUCGAGUUCGUCGAUGUCGCGAGCGACGAGUUCGACGAGUUCGCCGAAAUCGAAGAGGUUAACGACGACGUCGAGCGGCAGCGGCAGCGGCAGCGGCAGCGGCAGCGGCGCUUCGAAUUCGAAUCAUCAUCAACCGGUGGUGCACAGCGACGAUAGGAGACCGCUCGCGAUAUGCGUUAAAAAUUUGCCGGCGCGUUCGUCGGAUACGUCGUUGAAGGACGGUCUUUUCCACGAAUACAAAAAGCACGGCAAAGUGACGUGGGUGAAAGUGGUCGGUAAGGAUGCCGAAAGGCACGCCAUAGUGUGUUUUAAAAAACCGGAAGACGCGGAAAAAGCUUUGGAAGUGAGUUACGACAAAUUGUUUUUCGGUUGCAAGAUCGAAGUGGCGCCUUAUCAAGGUUACGACGUCGAAGAUAACGAUUUGAGGCCGUACGAGGCCGAAAUCGACGAGUACAAUCCGAAAGCGACGAGGACAUUGUUUAUCGGUAAUUUGGAGAAGGACGUGACGGCUUCGGAUCUGAGGAAACAUUUCGAUCAAUUCGGCGAAAUAAUCGAAAUCGAUAUUAAAAAGCAAGGGGCUGUGAGUUCUUACGCGUUUUGUCAGUACUCGGAUAUAGUGAGUGUUGUGAAAGCGAUACGUAAAAUGGACGGCGAACAUUUAGGUAAUAAUCGAAUUAAAUUGGGUUUCGGUAAAUCGAUGCCUUACAAUUGCGUCUGGAUCGACGGCGUUAACGAGAACGUUAACGAAAAGUACCUGAAAAUGCAAUUCGAACCGUUCGGCGUUAUCAAUAAAAUACAUAUUGAUAGAGAUAAGGGGCAGGCGUUAGUGUUUUACGAUCAAGUGAUGAGUGCGCAAACGGCCGUUACCAAAAUGCGCGGUUUCACGUUGAAAAAUACGAAAAUUCAAGUCGAUUUCGCCAGCAGGGAAUGUCAAGAAUCGUUUUUCGAAAGGCUCGAAAAACAGGGCGCCAUACUCGAUAGGAGUAUUUUCGAAGAUAGAAGGGAACCGCCCCCGCCGAGGGUAUUCGAUACCGCUUCUUCCAGAUUUCCUAGUCGAUACGAUACCCCCACACGUCCUCGAACAUCGUCGUACAGCAGCCGAUCGAACGCUCCAACCGGUCCGGUAACGGCAGCUUUACAAUCACCCGGUACACCCGGAUCCGUAACGCCAAGAGGUUCGAGUUCUCGAUCGCGAGCCAGAUUCGCCGAUUAUUACGAUCAAACGUUGGAAUACGCCGAUAGACAUUUCCGCAGCUACGACGAAUACAGCCAAAGUUCGACGGCUUCACAUGAAGAUUUAUACGAUCACGAAUAUGGAUUCGUACAUGACGGCGGGGACGCUCUACAAGUUAUUGAUAACGUAGUGGCAUUCGCCCCACCCGAUAUGAGAAAUUUACAAAAAGAACGCGUCCAUCUGCUCGAACAAUUGGAAGAAUGUCCCAGCUCGGGCGAUGAACUGAUUAGUCCAAAGAAAAGGAUCAAGUUGGAUCUAUUGGAUACGGUAAUAACCAACGAUGUUAUUAUCGAAGCCAAUAGGGAUCAUCGGAAGGUUAUGGAAGUUCGGAGGCUAUCGGACGUAACGUUAAAACACCAUUCUCGAAGACCGUCGAUAGAUUCAAGCAAACACGUACGUCACGACGUCGUAUACGUUCCACAUUCUGUUUGUAAAAGAAGAAAAACCGCUGGUAGCGAUAGCGGUUCAAAAAUUCACCAUUACGAUCAUUCGGGAUCGGAAAGCGUGGGAGGUUCUAGACCCGGUACGCCCUUAUGCGACGAAAAACCGGAAAAUUUUCAACCCAGUGAACCGAGAAGAGUACCCAGGGAUAGAGAAGGACCUCUCACGUUACCGUUACCCAGAUUCGCUGCGCAAAUUAUGAACAGAGGUAGCGUCUCUGUAGCAGGUAUCAAAGGUCAAAAAGACAACAUCCUUUCUAGUCCACCAACGGCGGUGACGAGUCCGAGAAUAUCGAAUCCGCGUCCUCCUAGUCCCGUUCACGUUCCCCCGCCGGCGUCUCCGCCUCCUCGACCGCCGAGUUUAAGUUCGAAUUCCAGCGACAGCGACACGACCCCGCUAAGUCUCUCGUUGGACGAAAGAAUAAAAUCUCUCGACGAAAAAUACGAAAAAUGGUCGGGAUCGAGAGCGCUAAGCGCGGCGGGCGGCGACGCUCUAGCGUUAUUAGACGCCAAUUUGGAAAAAUUUCGUCAGAGACACAAAAUACUCGAUCUGGAUUUAAAGGAAGUCCAACCGUCUGAAAUAGUUAAAUCGGUAAUGGCGAAACGAUCCGUUUUCGACGAAGAUUUAAAAAGAUUAGAAAACGUCGGAGAAAAAUACGAACCGAAGGAUUUUUCCUUUUUUCCCAGGAGUACGUUGACGACGCAAACUUCCUUACCCGCGAUACCCUUAUCGGCUCCGUCCGCGUUAAAACUCACCGCUACACCGACGCAACUACCCAAAACGCCGACGCUUCUAUCUCCGAGAUCAUCAGGUACCGGAAUUCAAGCGGUUAAAGGUUUGCAGUAUCCGUUUCCGACACAUCCGCCGAAUAUAAUGUCGCCGAUAGUAUCGACGAAUUCUACGACGACGACGACUACGACUCAAUUACCGAUAGUUACGACGACGACGACUACUACCGUCGUCGUCGUCGUCGUAACUACCGCUAUAACUACCGUAGCAGUUACUACGAGUACGUCAUGUUUAGCAACGACAAUUUCGCGAGGCGUUUCCCACGGUGAAAACAGACUGAAAUCGUGUCCGAAUACGCCGAGUGAAUCGAGAACCGCUAGCAAAAUAACCGUAAAUAAAACUAGUGUAGUAUCGACUUUAACAAGCGCGAAAAUUAGUGAAAAGAACACGACAAUCGGCGACGGGAAAAUAAAUAGGGAAGGAAAAAGUGAUAAGAUAACGGGGCGGCGGGAUUCGAAUUGUAAUUCCCCGCGCGCGGACGUCAAAACGAGAAGAAAUAGCGAUACGAGUUCGCGCAGAUCGGACGAUGGUGAUUUGGAACACGUUCAAAAAGAACGAGCGAAAAGCGAGGAAAGAAAACGCGAACGAAUCGAAAAAAUCAAAAUAGAAAACGAAAAAUUGGAAAAGGAAAAAUCGGAAAGGGAACGCGUCGAACGCGAAAAAUACGAACAAGAAAAACAAGAAAAGAUACGAUUGGAAAAAGAAAAAAUGGAAAAAGAACGAUUGGAACGCGAAAGCGAAUUGGAAAAACAGAGAUUGGAAAAGGAGAGGUUGGAAAAAGAGAGGCAGGAAAAGGAAAAAAUGCGAUCGAUAGAAAAGGAAAAUUCGGAGAGGUUGCAAAGAGAAAAAGAACAAGAACGAAUCGAUCGACAAAAUAGAAUAGAAAAAGAACGUAAAGAAAUCGAAACGGAAAGAGAGGAUAAGGAGAAAAGGGACGAACAAGAACGUUUAGAUAAUAAAGAAAGGAACAAAUAUAAAGAGGACAAUCAAGAUAAAAGAAAAGACGAUCACAGGCAUCACAGGGAUAUAUCGGGAGAUGCGAAACACAACGUCAAAGAAGAUAAAUUCGGUAACGGUAAAGAUACGAAUCAAAUUAGUACGCAAGAUAAAAAACAAAUCGAUAGAGAUAGCGAAAGGAGGAAAGAAAGCAUAAAAGAAAAUCGAGAUAAUAACAUACACGAAAAACAACAUAAAAAUAUAACAACGACACAUUCGGAUCACAACAAACAUCAUCGAGAAAUGUCGUCGGAAACUAGACAUAUGUCGAUAGAUUUGGAUAAGGCGAAAAGCCACGAUAAAGAUCCUUCGAAAAGAAAAGAAAGAAAUAACAGUUUACCCGCCAAUAUCGGUUCGAAAAGGAGAUUCAGUACGAACGAAAUCGUCGAUAAUAACGAUAACGAUAACAAAAAAAUGAAAUUAACCCAUCACGAUAAUAAAAAAUUGACGGAACGUAGAGAUUCCAAAGAUAGUACUCGAUCGGGGGGUGACGACAAAACGAAAAAUAGUAAACACAAAAAUAACGUAACCGCCAACAAACAUAACAGUACGAAAGAAUCGGAGGAAAAGAGAAAGGAACGCGAAGAACGACACAAAAAACACAAAUUGGAAAAACAGAAAUCGAAAAGUAAAAGUCGAGAAAAAGAAUCGAACGAACCGACGCCGUUAUUAACCGAUAAGGAAUUUUUGAAUAAAUUGGAAUUGAAAUCGGUGGACGAUAACGAAAAACAUAAAAAAGAAUCGAAGGAAAAACGUAUGGCGUUCGAAGACAACGACAAAAUGAAAAAAGAAAAACACGUCGCGGAAAAAUCGAUCGAGAAACAUUGUAAAAUCCGAGCGGAAAAUGAAGCGGAAAAGAAAAAACGCGAUAGAAUAAGAAAAUUGACCAACAGUUCCGAUAGCGAUUCGGACGAACCGAAAAAACAUUCCAUAUUCGAUAUAGUCGACGACGAACCGGCUUAUAUAUCGAUGUACGAUAAAGUAAAAGCGAGAAGUUGUAAAAAUAUGGCUAAAUUAGAAGAAGAGAAACGACAAGAAAAAUUAAAAGCCAAAUUCACUCAAUUGAAACAGAGCAGAGCCAAACGAGAAGAAAAGAAACGAUCGACGUCGUGGGACGAAGAUUCCGAUUCGGAUCAUCACAACGAAAUUAAAAUAAAAAGAUGCCCCAAAAUGUUGAUAGACAGUUCCGAUAACGACGACGACGACGACGACGACGAAGACGACGACGACGACGACGACGACAACAACACAAAUACCAAUCGAAAAUUAGAUAAAAAGAAAGAAAUUUAUUCCGAUUCCGAUUCGUCGACGAUUUUCAAACAACACGUCAAACAAGAAAUAAUCGAUACGACAGACGACGAAUCGAAAAAUAAAAAUUUAAUAUUAAAAACGACUUUGAAAUCUCGAAUAGCCAGCGAUACUUCGGAAGACGAACGUAACAAAAAGAAACACAUUUACCACGAUCCAAAUACCGCCGAUCUAAUAUCUAUAAUACAACCUUACAAUAAUAGUAUACCGGAAGAUAAAUCGAUAUUUAAAAUGAAAGAAGAAUCGAUUAAAUCGAUUAAGAAAGAAAGAAGAAAUAGCAAACAUCAAGAAACGUCGUCGGAAUUGAACAAUUCGCUAUUCAGCGACGUAAGUCAACCGGAAACGAAAUUCAAUAACAAACAUUCGUUUAUCGAUAUAACGACCGACGAAGAAAACCACGAAACUAGAAAAGAAAGAUCCGAAAGAAGAGAAAAGAAACACAAAAAGAAACAGAAAAAACAAAAACAUUCGAUGAUAAUCGGCGACGAAGAAGAAUUAUCAUCGACGACGACGACGACGACGACGACGACGACGACGACGAUUACGACGACGACGACGACGAAACUCGAAAAUCCAUCGGAAUCGAACGAAACCGCCGAUAAACAUAAACACGAAAAGAAAAAGGAUCACGGCAAAAAAGAAAAGAGACGAGAUAAAAAUAGGGACGGUAGAGAGAAAUCGAAAAAAUCGAAAAAAAGCAAAAGCGAAAAUAAUAAGGAAUCGAAACGCGACGGCAAAAUGGAAAAUAUAUUCGGUUCGCUAUCCGAAGAUUCGGAAAAGGAAAUCAAAAGAGAAGCGACCGCGAAAAUGUUCUCGGAACAAGAACAAUAUAAUAGCGAAACGGACGAAAAUAAAAUAAAAGAAAAAACCGAUCGGGAACGAGAAAGAGAAGAACAUAAGAGAAAAAAAGAGAAAAAGAGACGGGAAAAAGAACGUCGUUUACAAGAAGCUACCAACGAAAACAGCAUGGAUUACAUCGAUAUGGGUAAACAAUUAGAAGCGAAUAUGCUGCAAGAAGAAAAUUUAGAAACAAACAAAAUCGCUGGCGAUACAUUCGAAAAUAUCGUCGAAAACGCCGAUUUCCCUUUCAACGAAUUAAACGAAAGUAAAAAAGAAGAGAGAAAGGACAACAAAGAAAAGAAGAAAAAAAGAAAAAAGAGUAAAGACGAAAAAAGUAAACACCACCACCACCACCACCACCAUCAUCAUCAUCAUCAUCACGAUAAAAACAAAAAAUCGACCGACGCGAAAAAAUUGACGGAAUCGCCGACGCGAAAAGACGACGUCGUCGUUCAUUCGUCUCAACAAGAUCCGAGCCUACCGAAUAUACUCGAAGAUCAAAAUCCUUUAAUCGUAACGUCGAAUUCUUCUCAAGAAAAUAAACGCGAAAAAUUAUUACCCGGUUUCGGAUCCGAAAUAGACGAAUCCGCCGUAAAAUCAAUAUCCGAAUUCGAAAUAAAAAAAGAAGAAGCGAUUAAUAAAGAAGACGAAGAAAAAUUAGCGGCGUUAACCGAAGAAAAACCGAGAGUUGUAAUAUCGCAAGAAGAAACCGAAGACGCCGUCGCGGCUUUAUUAGGAGAAAGCUUCGCGGUCGGUAAUCAAGAAGAAUUUUAUACGAACGAAAAUACCAAUUUAUUAGAAGAACCGACGCAUUCUCUAGUCGAAGAUACGAACGUACAAGACGACGAAGAAAUGCGACAAGCCGUACAAAGUUUAAGCGCUACCGAUUUAGACGUAAAACCGGAUACGCCGCAAAGCGAAAACGAUCUUCAAAUCGAUACGGAUACCGAAGAACAAGAAGAAAUACCGAGAUUCGAAACGAAAACCGCCGAAAUAUCCGUAGUAUUCCCGACGAAAACGCAAUAUUAUUCCAAUCACGUCGACGAUCGAACAACAACUUCGCCCGUCGCCGCUUUAACCACUAAUAUCGGCAGUCCCCCAUCGCUAACGCCGAUUAGAUCUCAUACAACUACGGACGUUAUUAAGAAUAUGGAAAAAAAUCCGUCGGAUCAACAACAAUGUUCGGUGAUAUCCCAAUCGCAAUGGUCGUCGGAUAACAAAUUGGAACAAUCUGUUAUUAAAAUCGAAAAAACUACCGUUUCCGUUAAACAAAACAUCUCGCCGCCAGUUAUAACUAAAUCUCAAUGUAAUCCGGGCGUAUUGAAAAUAUCUGAUACGCCUUUCCCUACGUUAACACCUCUAUCAAAAACCGACCACCCGAACGUUCCGAAUACUAGCGAAAUAACAACGAAAUUCCAUCAAGUACCGGUAUUACAAAAACCGUCCCCCAUGCCGCCGCAACUACACAAUUUACCGGCGCGUUCGCCCAUCCAAAUAAAACAAUCCCCGAUUACGGAAUCUUCUAGAUUAAUACACAACCGGAUACCAAUAAAUUCGAUUACACAACCGAAAGCGAUACAACCGACAACUGUUAUAUUACAACAACCGAAAGUAGCUCAUACUUUGGAACCGCCGCCGAAACUCCUCGUACCGACCACAGAUACCAGAACUAGAAUGGUAUUUCCAACUUCCAACAUCCCGUCGCCGCAAUUUUCCAAUUACCCGACUAGAAUGACGUUAACUACUAGUAUUAGACACCUACCGACACAAGGACUACUGGUACCCGCCAGACAAAUCAAUCCGCACGCGUUUAUAGGAACUUCAUCUACGCCACAAAGUUACAACAUUCCCAAACCGAUCGAAGAUAAUCCGCCAACGAUACACAGUUGUACAAAUCCCGAUCCGAUUAGUCCGAAAUCGACGGAUAUUCACCUACCAACCGAAACGGAUCGUCCGAAACUCUCGAUACAAUCUAAAAUUACGGAUACCGCACCAAAACUUGCGGAUAUACAAACGGAAAUAACAACUACAAAUAUAAUACAAACACCGACACCGAAAACAAUCGAACCGAUCCCGAAAUUAGUAGAAGAAAGUACGCCGCGUGUAACUACGCCGAUCGUUAUAUCUACCCCGAGUCCCGUAAUAGUAUCCGCCCCAAUCGAACCGAUAAAUAAACCCGAUGUCGAAAAUAUCGAUACCGAAUCACAACAAAUAAAAGAAGAAGUACAAAUACCGAUAAAAUUAGCCAUAGAAGCCGUAACGGAAGAACUAAAUAUGUCGUUGGAAAAAUCUGAUAUUAAAAAAGAAGAAGUAGUAGUAGAAGAAGAAGAAGAAGAAGAAGAAGAAACAACCGCAAAUAUCGAUACGUCGUCUACGGAAAAAGUAGAAGAAGAAGAAGAAGAAGAAGAAGAACACGUAGAUAAUACGAAAGAAAAUAUAAACGAUAUUAAAGAAAUCGAUAAAUUAGACGAAGAAAAAACGGAAACGGAAAGUAUAGUAUCGGAUAUUAGUAAAGAACGACCGGGUAGCGCUAAAGACGAUCCGCUCGAUACGAAAGAAGACAGCGAUUAUUGGUCGGCGAAAGAAGUGAAUAUCGAUUCGGUUAUAAAAACUUUGUGUUCGGCGGACGAAUUAUCGGAUCAUAGCAGCGAAAACGAUAAAAGCGACGUAUUCGACGAUAAUAAACCCGUAGAAAGUAAAGAUACGUCGAUAAAUAAAGAACGCGAUGAGAAAUUGGAAGAAUUAGAUUCUAUCGACGAAUUAAAACAAAACGUAUCCGAUUCGACCGAAGAAUCCGCCGAAACGGAAACGGAAAUUCUCGAAGAACCCAAAGAAGCGCCAAUACUGCGUUCUAGUAGUAGACGCGGAGCUAGAGGGCGCGGAAGAGGCGGUAAAACCGUCGUUACCGCCGUCGAAAGAGGCGGUAUACAAACUCGUCGAGGUAAAUUGAAAGAAUUAACGCAAACUACUUCCGUUACGUCGAAAAGAGGUCGAGCCGGAAAAAUUCGUAACGAACGUAAACCGUCUAAAAACGAAUCCGAAUCGAUUCCGACCGACGUAUACGAAUUCCGCGACGAACCGGACGAAACGAACAAAGAACAACGCCCCAGGUUAAUAAUAACCAUAAAAUCGCCGGCCGUUUCGAAUUCGAAUAAUUCGCAAACUACUGCUACGGUAAAAGAAGUAACGAAAGACGGCGCCAAAGAGAUCGGUAAAGAACAAAUGAAAGAAACAACGUCUCCAACGGUAAUAAAACCGAUCGAUAAUAAAGAUUUCGUAUCGCCAUCGACGGCGAAUACCAGAAAAUCGAGAAGAUUACAAGAAAGGGAUACUUCCAAAAAUACCGUCGACGAAACAAUCGAAGACGUCGUUAAAAAUACCGUUCAAACUCGAUCUACGUCGAAUCAAAGAAGAUCGGGACGACAAACGAUACCCAAACCGAAUAAUAUUUCCCUACCAGAAACGCCCAGAAAAUCCCCGAGGGGAAGAAAAGGUAGAAGAGGUUCCGAAGCAACGGAAACUUCAUCUUCAGAAGAAACCCCCACCACUAAAGACGAUAUUAUUAAACCGACGUCAUCGACCAAAAUACCAGAAAAAUCUAAAGAACCGAUCGAAAAAUCGUCAAUGGACGAUGAUAAAAUAACCGAACAAACAUUAGAACCUCUAAAACAACAAAUAAUCGAAUGUACCAAAUCGACGGUGUUGCGACGCGUCAAAGGAGACGUUAUAACUUCGAAUCCAAACGAACCGACCAGUCUCAUAGAUCCCGUCACCGGCGAAUUAAUUCCGAUGCGCGAAAGCGAAGAAGGCAAAUAUAUACCGUUACCCGGUACGAAUCCACCGCCGCCGUCGUCGUCGUCGUCCGUACAACCGAUACUUAAAAAAGAAACGAUCCCGACAAGAACACCGGAACCGGAAAUUAUAAAAACACAAUUAAGCGUAAUAACCCAACCGCAACAACAACAACAACAACAACAACAACAACAACAGGUCGUCGCAAUAGUCCAACAACAAAAACCUCAAAGUUUGAAAGCUCACGUUUUACAAGCCGCUCAAACCGUAAUAAACCCGACGAUAGUUCAAACCAAAACUCCAGCAGAAGUGCCUUGUUCGAGCGUCGCGAUUACUUCGAAAGCGACGCCUCAGGAAUUAGUAGUAACUAAACCGGUUAUAUCGGUACCGCCGACGACGACGACGACGACGACGAAAUCCGUAACCCCGAUCGUUAUAACGAAAACAAUUACGCCGAUUGUCGUAUCCAAACCGGUUAUUCCGAUCAAUCAACAUCUAACUAUAAAUACGAAUAUAAAUAUGGGAGUGCCGUCAACGGCGCACCUAUCGCCAAGACCGAAUAACCCGAUAAACGCGUCCACGAAACCACCUCCUCUUCCCAAACAAUUGGCCAAACCGACGGUUCUAUCUCCGGUAUUAAUACAAAAACAACAACAAAUCCAACACAUCUUACAAUCCGGUAAACAAUCGCAGGUUUCCAAAGCCCAUCUAACCGCUCCGAUGGUUAGCCAAGCUCAAAUCGUCAACACGCAGAUGGCCCACAUAAAACAUCAACCCGUUAUGAAGCAACAAGUGAUGAUGACCGGCAAAGGACCGAUCGUUAAUAAAGCGUUGCAUCAACAACAGAUCAUGAGCGGCGCUAUACCGAGUCCGCCGUUGGGAAAAUCCCAACCGCCUUUGAACAAUCCCGGGAGGACGAUGCAAGUACCGGCACCGGCUAAAGGAAUGAUGGAUCCGCCGAAGGUGGAGGUUUCGAUCAGCAACGUUUUAUUAGGACAGCGACCUAAAUUGUCCCCGCAAGGUCCGCAACGAAUGAUCGCUCAGACCGGUUUACCCCUUCCCGGAUACGAACCCAGUUUGCAUGGAGAGAGGAGUCUUUUAACUAGAAGUAGAAGCCCGCCGCCAGCUCAUCAAAAUUCUCCGUCUCCCAAGGGUGAAGCAAUCGCACAUUUUCCACCACCAGGUCCGUUACGUCCUCCGGAUAUCAACCCAGCGCAUUACAUGCACCCGAGUCACGUGAUGCAGUAUCAACAGUACUUCAGACAACACCAAAUACAGCAACAACAACAACAAUUGAGAUCCGGUGGAAUGGAAAAAGUGGGAGACGGUCAAGAAGGCGAAGAGGCACCCGUAACUUCACCGCCGUUGGAAUUGAGAAGACCCGGAUCGGUGGGACUCGUUCUAACGGGUAGAAGCACCGCAGUACCGCAUAGUUUACAUUCACCGCACGAUAGAACUACGGAUUCACCACAAGUCGGUCAAGUUUACAACGUUCAUUCUUCGGCGCGCAACAACCCCUACCACCACUCUAACCGUUACUACGAUCAAGCGGAACCGCCGCCGGCGCACAGACCUCUAACCAGUCACGGUUCCUUGGCCGCUCUAGGUAGCGAUCGCGGUCUCGCUCAUAUGGCUCCGAUAGCCACGCCGGAUAGACCGUUGAGCGGACAUUCCGCUCUAACGGCUCAUAUGGGAAGUCUAGGGGAUCGAGGAAUGACUACACACAUCGAGCCGCUUUCGGCGCACGGAUUAAUCGGCGCCGGAUUAGGAGCGGCGGGGAAUCUUAUGGGAGCCGUCGCUCGACAUAUAGGAGCGGACGCGCCCGCUAGUCAAAGGGGAUUACAAGCGGCGACGCCGCCGCACGCUAGUCAAGUACCACCGCAAGCCGAAAGUUUACUAAUGUUGUUAAAGCAAUAUCCGUGUAUGUGGCAAGGUCUUUUAGCCCUUAAAAACGAUCAAGCGGCCGUACAAAUGUAUUUCGUUUCCGGUAAUGACGACGUUGCCAAAUGUAGUUUACCCAAAAAUACCGACGGAUCGACGCCCCCUCUCAGAAUAUUCCAAAGGAUGAGGUUGGAGCCACCCCAAGUCGAGGGAGUGGCGAGGAAGAUGCAGAUGGAAAACGAACACUGCAUGCUAUUAGCUUUACCGUGCGGUCACGAUCAUAUGGAUGUACUUAAACAGUCUACUAACCUAACCAGCGGUUUUAUAACCUAUCUACAACAGAAACAGGCGGCCGGAAUAGUUAAUGUCGCCGCACCCGGUACCACGCAACCACCUGCGUAUGUCGUUCACAUUUUCCCGUCCUGUGAUUUUGUCAAUGAGAAUUUGAGGCGCAUCGCUCCUAGUCUGUUGGAAAGGGUGGCUGAUAUCGCUCACCUUCUCAUAGUUAUAACUACGGUGUGAUCACUUGUUGUUAUCACUAUUUAUCAAAACGAAAAUUGUGACUUUUACCUUAAACUUAAUCAAUAAUAUAAAUUCGACACUUUUUCUUUCUCAAAAAAAAAAAAAAUUCUACAUACAAAACUCGUUAAACGUGGAGACGCUAUGCCCGUAAAGAUUUUUUAAAUAUACUUAAAAAAAAAAUAUUUCACUGUGAUUUCUGACAAAAUGUUAUUACUAUUAUUAAAAAUAUGUUAAAAAAAUUGAAAAAAAAAACAUGCUAAAAAAUAACUUACUACCUAUUUAAGAGAUCUCAUAUUGAACUUAGUUUAUAUAUAUAUAUAUAUAAAAAAAGAAGAAGAAUAUGUCUUUAUUUGGAAGAUCUUUAUUUUCGUAAAUAUCUUGUAAAUUUGUUCUAUUUAUGAAACAUCCUUGCAAUAUUUGUAAAGAUGUCCCAUAAGAUGUACAAGGAUUUUUUUCUAUUUUAUUUUCGUUCUGUUACUUUGAACUUGGGCUGUUCCUCGCACCUUGUUUAUUUAUUUACACAACGGUAAUCUGGUAACUUUUAAUCCAUCACAGAAUAUCACCCACUAACUAUAAAAUUAUUUCCGAUGAUCAAUAAUUAGUCGGUACCACUACACUAACAUACUGUUAAAAAGAUUGGUCCUUCGAGCCGGGUAUGAUCUAAUCAAGACUUGGGAUAGUGGUAGUAAGUACGAAUAAUUUUUUUUGGAAUAUCAUUUUAAUUAUUAUUAAGUUUCCGAACAGGUUAUUGCAUCAAAAUGCUAAAUCAAAACUCUAUAAAAUGUUUUUGAUGAAUUAUGUAUAUUCUAUUCAAACAUUUUAUGAAGUAUAUCGAGUAGAACUUCUAUUUCCAACUUUUUUUCCUCGUUAACCGCUUUCAAAAUACUUUUUACUAGUUUUAGUUGAUACAUUUACAUCAUACAAUCAGCUCGACAAAAAAAUUAGAUCUAACUGUGAGAAAAGCUUCCCGUGGACUCCUAAGGGUGCACCAGGACCACUUUGGGAAUCACUCUGAGAUAAUUUCAUGGGUUAAAAAACAGCUUUGGUAAUAAAAAUGUGUGAUUUUGAAGGAGAAACCGAAUUCAAAAAAUAAUCACAAAAUCUGAGCUCAAAGCAAAGCUAUUCAACUUGUAGGAACUUCAAAGGUAGGUAGAAAACCUUAAUCAAAAAAAUAUUAUGGAUCAAAUUCAACAAAUAAUCACAAAAACAGUGCUAAAAGUAAAGCUAUUGAACUUGGAGGAGUUGGUCUGUUGAAAUCCCACAUGUAGGAAUCAAAAUCAUCGUAAGACCUCUCUAAAUUGCUUAAAUGCAUAUUUUUAUAUUAUACUUUUAUUAAAUUCAUGAAUAUUAUCACUUUUUUGUUGAUUACUGAAGAGCAAUUGCAAAUGAAUAUUAAAAAACUGUCUUGGAUUAAAAUGUAACUUUGUAUUACUUCAAGCACUUUAUUUGAAUUCUUUCUACUUCUCCAUUACCCUCAUUCCCUCCCACGUUUACGUAUCGAAUUUUAUUUUGAUUUUUUGUUAAUAUAUUUGUUUCAGUUUACCCACCAUUUUAAAGAAUCGAGUUCUAUAAAUAAUUUAGCGGUCAAGUUUUUUUUAUAAAUGAAGUUAAAGUGUUUCUGAUUCAGAAAAAAUUCGAUUCUUUGAUAUGGUGUAAGGUGGGAGUACUGGGGAAUAUUUUAUGAGCAACAGCCCGGAUUCAAAGAGGUGGCUUUAAAGUUGUAAAUAUUAAAAUUACACGUUACCCAUUCUGUAGUUCGAAAUAUGGCUAUUAUAAAUAUUGAAGAAGAAGAAAAACAUAUAGACAUAAUAUAUAUAUAAAUAUGUAGCAUAACAAAUUCAAUCAUUUUUUUAAAUUACAUUGUAACAUAUAUGUGAAUAUUAUAGAUUUUAAUUUGAGCUUUUUUGAUUUAUCAUCAUUUCUGUACAGUGUAUUUUUAGCUGUAAGUAUAAGUUAGCUUGAUUUAAAAAAUGAUAAUAUAGGGAACAUUGUGAUGUCUAUAUAAUACUGUAAAUUUUGUACAUAUAAAAAAAAUACUGUGUAUUGUGAGUAUACAUUAUUAUAACUAUUACGAUAA